UUCAUUGAUCCUUCAAUACCCGAAGAGGAAACCAGCUUGAGUGCCAAAGAUUUUAUGCAUGCAAAAGCGCAUGGAAUCGACACUUCAAAUGCACCACCGAAAGAUGACUCGGAAAUGUAUAACGCAGGACUUUACGAAGGAGAUAUCGUUGAUCCAAAUUUCGCAUCAUCUAAAGUUAUUGGUGAGAUGUUCGCCCACCGUAACGAUUCAGCGCUGCUUCGUGGCAGCUCCUUGAUGAACGCCAUUCGAGAUAGAGCCAAAAAAUGGCCCAAUCACCGUGUACCGUAUGUAAUCUCGUCAACUUAUACUGAAAGAGGAGUUUUAUUGACUUGCAUUAGACGAGAACAAAUAGCUGGAGCGGUCGCAAUGAUCAACCAAUUGAACUGUGUAAAAUUUGUGGACAAAACAGAGGAUGACAAGGAUUACGUUCAUAUCAAGCCUCAUAUCGGAUGUUUUUCACCAAUUGGCAGAAUUGGUAAGGAAUUGAAUCAUUCAUUCAUUCCAUACCGAGUCGUUGGAUAUGGAUGUGUUCAUAGCGGUCUCAUUGUGCACGAAUUGUUGCACGCACUCGGCUUCUUUCAUGAACAGAAUCGAGCUGACAGAGAUGACUACAUCACAAUUCAUUUCGAGAAUGUACAAGCAGGAACCGAACGUCGGUUUGCGCAUUAUUGUUUAUUGCGAGAGAACUUUGAAAAGCGAUCUGUGACAGAAAUUGAUCACUUGGGAACUUCGUAUGAUUACGGUUCAAUUAUGCACUACCCGGCUACGGCGUUUUCAAAAAACCGUGAACCUACAAUGGUACCGAAAACAACAGGCGUUGAGAUUGGACAAUACGAAAAACUUUCAGAGGCCGAUAUCCAAAGAGUUUUACGAUUUUAUGAUUGUACAGACACAGUGCCAGAACCCACACCGCCACAGCCAACUGAAUGUCUGGAUGAAGCGAACAACUGCAAUGAAGCGGGCAUGUGCGACAGAGAGGAUAAUCGCUCGAUCUGUAAAAAAACGUGUGGCGUUUGCCCAGGGUGA